GCCACUCCUCCGCGACAGACAUCGCAGCUAUCAUCGUCUCCUGGUCUUUUCCCUGCUUCUUUCGAGGAGUUGGCCAAGGUAGAUCCUGCACGGCAGAUAUCUCCUGCUUGGUCGAACUGGUCCGAGGAGAAUGUCAAGGUAGCCGCUCCUCCACCUGAGAUCUCUCCUUCCGAGGCGCCACCCCCGCUCACGUCAGAAGCUCACCAGCUCAUAGCAAGACCUAUCCCCGAUGUCAUUCCACCAGAAGAAGAACGAACGACGCGCUUGAGCAAAGUCCUCGCAGGUCUUCUUCCGAUUGCUGGCGUUUGGACAUCAAAUGGCGUUCAGUUCUUCUACGUCCACAUGGGAACAGGACGAGAUUUCUGCGUCUUCCCGGAGAAGGCCGUCGUCAUGGAGCUUUGGCGCAACCGGCGCUUGAUCCAUGUGGGUGCUGCGAUCAUGUCGAACGACUGGAAGGCGCCGGCAAACUCCGCCGGUCUUGGGGCCUUUGGCCGCUUCGUGAGUGGCGGGGUCGAGGUGCAGGAGAGCGACAAG